AAUUGAGAUUUGUGUUGGCUGCUUGUAGUUGUUAUAAGGUGUGGUUUCGGAGGGAACGGAAUACUGAGUUGUAGGGUGGCGAUUUUCCGUACGGGCUCCCUAGCAGCAGAGCAAUUUUUUACUAGGGCGUGACCCAUUCAUAUUCAGCUAGUGAGUAGUGGAAAAGCAUCCCACUCCAGGCGCACAUUCCUCCUCACUGGGGCAUGCUGGAUUGAGGGCCCCGACUGGAAAUUUACAGAGAGCUGAUUGAUGGCGAUAAUGGAUGCAAGGGCGCUGAGGAAUAUAUGUGCUCUGUGGCUACUGCUUCUGUCCACCAAGGCAACAAAAAGUUUUAGUGUGGUCGAAAUGGCAGAGGGAUUUAAUAACUUCCCAAAGGGACCGCUCCAGGAUGAUAGUGGAAGCUUGCGGAUAAGAAGACAAACAGACGGCCAGACUGUAAAAACUGCUGGAGGAACAGAAUUUGUGAUAAUGUUUAUGAACAAUAUUGUUGAGUCCAGUGACACCACACCCUUAGAAUUAUAUUACACUGGCGCUGAUGACGCCAUAAGCACAAGGAUAAAUGUCAAUGUGACAUACUACAGCCCGGCAAGUGGAAGCAUACAGCAUAUAGAGCGUGUUUUGAUGAGAUCGACCGAUAUAGACUCCGUUCAAUUAGACUACCAGCUGAGGACUAUGACAAAAAAUUCCAUAUCCAACUUUGGAGUUCAGGUGACAUCCAGCGAAGCUAUUAUUCUGUACGGUAUGAAUAAAGCGCGUUAUUCCUCCGACGGCUUUCUUUCUAUCCCUGCCUACGUACCCGGAAAAGAGUUCAUAACAGUUGGCUAUCACCCUCCCACCACCGCAUCGCAGAUAGGCAUAGUGGCCCAGCAGGACAACACCAUGGUAACUGUGAGGCUACCGGCUAACAGAGUCUUACCUGGCAACAUCACUACGUCCAUCGAGGUGAGGGAUCCAAAUACUCAAGCCAUUGUUACAGCAGGAGGUACAAUCACCGUUACACUUAAUCGUUUGCAAACCUACCUUAUUGUAAGUAAUGCCGAUGACGGAGAACUACCAGCAGCUUUUAAUUUGUUGAAGGGAGAUUUGACAGGUACACAUAUAACCUCAGACAAAGACAUAUCUGUCUUCAGUGGUAACAUCAGGACUUCGAUAUUGCCCCCUGCUAGUAUAGAUCAGCCUUCGAGAGACCAUUUAGUAGAGCAGCUGCCACCUUUGGAGACAUGGGGUCAAAACUUCAUCACCGUUCCAGUCCCACGACCAGCGAGCACAGCUCCUCUGUACGAUUUGUUCCGGAUAAUCAGCGGCUCCCUUAGUCCCAAUACCAUCACCAUAUAUCAUAGCAGUGAUAACAUUACAACACUAACCAUCAACAACCAGGGUGGCUCUGUCGAUGUCAAAAUUGGUACCUACGCAUACAUCGUUUCUGCUUACCCAGUCUUGGUUGCCCAGUUUGUCUUGAGUCAGCAGGUUCUAAAUGUUGACAAGGCAGAUCCUAGUAUGAUCUUGGUCCCGCCAAUUGAACAAUACCACGACGAUUACCAUUUCACAACACCAGCUGCAGUUGGUACCACUUACGACCAUUUUUUCCUAAUCGCAAUACGAGACAACUUCAGGGGUUCUGUGUUACUUGACGGAGCGGCGCUACCGCCCGAUACAACUUGGACCACUAUACCUGGUUUAGGUGGAUACAGUGGGGCCGUACUAAGUAUCGCUGCCGGUGGUCACAAUAUUACUCACAAUUCUGAGACUUUUUUGGGUAUACUGUAUGGAGCCGGGGACAGAGAGAGUUAUGGACUGCCUGUUGGAAUGCGCUUCAAUCGAAUUGUUCCGCUUCCUCCAGGCCCAACAGGACCAACUGGACCGACAGGUCCAACAGGGCCUACGGGGGCCACAGGCGCAACUGGUGAAACUGGUGCAACUGGACCUGCAGGACCCAAGGGAGAUACUGGUCCGAAGGGAGACACAGGGGCAACGGGAGCCACUGGAGGGACGGGUGCUGCAGGCAACACUGGGCCAACUGGGCCAACUGGACCCACUGGCAGUAAAGGUGCUUCCGGAGAAAAGGGUGCCAUUGGUUCCACUGGUCCAACAGGUUCCACCGGUGCCACAGGUGCUACAGGUCCUAGAGGAGAAACUGGAGCAACUGGACCACGUGGAAGUGUUGGUGAAACUGGGCCGCAAGGUCCAAAAGGUGCUGUAGGUGCGACAGGCCCUGCUGGUAUGACUGGUGCAACAGGUUUAAAGGGGGAUAAAGGUGACACCGGAGAAAAAGGAGCUAUUGGCCAGACAGGAGCAACUGGCAUGAAAGGCACCAGUGGACAACAAGGCCCAACUGGGCCCGUUGGGCCCACUGGUGUAACAGGGCAGAAAGGUAGCAAAGGGGAAAUUGGCAUCAAAGGAAACUCUGGAGUGGAUGGUAUAAAAGGUGAAAAGGGUGUACAAGGGGACAAGGGCAGCCUUGGUUCAACAGGACCGAAAGGGAAUCAAGGGAAUACCGGGAAUACAGGGCCAGCUGGAGCAAAAGGACAGAAAGGUGAAUUUGGCGCAACAGGGGAAACGGGACCUGUUGGCCCAACUGGACAAAAAGGAAAUUCUGGUGCAAUUGGUGCAACCGGACCAGCCGGCAAUAAGGGAGAAAAAGGGCAAAUUGGUGCAGUAGGUGCCACUGGCGCCACAGGCCCAACUGGGGCAAUUGGCCCAACAGGCCCUCAAGGACAGAAAGGAAAUGUGGGUGCCAAGGGCGAAAUAGGAGCCAAGGGAUCGAUAGGAAAUACUGGUGCGACUGGCAGUACAGGCCAGAAAGGCGACAGAGGACAGAUUGGACCAACAGGUCCAACAGGAUUGACAGGCUCCCAAGGUAUACAAGGAGAAACGGGUCCUAAGGGAGACAAAGGCAUGCAAGGAGAGAAAGGUACACAAGGUGAAAUUGGUCCGACUGGCCCCACAGGAACUAAGGGAGAGCAAGGAGCUAAGGGAAAUGUUGGCAAUACUGGACCAGUGGGAAGUAAAGGGGACAAGGGAGAAAUUGGAGCAGUAGGUCCAACUGGCAGCACUGGCGCUACUGGGUCUAAAGGGGACAAAGGAGAUCUUGGCCCCAAAGGUGUUCAGGGUCAAACUGGACAGACAGGUCCUCAAGGCAAUACUGGAAAUAAAGGAGAAGUAGGGCAAAAAGGAGAACAAGGAAUACAAGGAAAUACCGGUCCCACUGGGGAUGUUGGUCGUACAGGAGAGAAAGGGGCCAUUGGUGAUAAAGGGCAGAAAGGUGUACAGGGUUUUACUGGAGCAACUGGAUCUACUGGCGCCACAGGUGCUACAGGUGCCACAGGAGCCACUGGUCCUAAAGGUGAUUUAGGAUCAAAAGGUCAGAAAGGUGCUAUUGGACAAACAGGAGUUCAAGGACCCAAAGGAUCACUAGGGCCUACUGGAGCGACUGGCGUCACCGGGAAUAAAGGUGAAAAAGGUGUUCAAGGCCAAAUUGGAAAUACUGGACCAAAAGGAGCCAAGGGAGAAAUAGGCAACACAGGGCCUACAGGAAGUGUUGGUCCGACUGGUGCAACUGGACCACAAGGGAUUUCUGGAAUUAAGGGGAAUGUUGGAAACACAGGGCCUACUGGUUCUACGGGUGCGAUUGGCUCCACUGGAGCCACGGGUCCAAAAGGAAAUGUGGGAAAUACGGGUCCAAAUGGACAAAAAGGAGUGCAGGGAGAGAAAGGCAAUGAGGGGCCGACUGGAGCCACUGGAGCUACAGGGGCCACAGGCCAAAAAGGUGCAAUUGGUGGCACUGGCCCAACUGGGGCAACUGGUUUAACUGGUCCUAUAGGAGUAACAGGCGCGACUGGUGCUGUAGGGCAGACGGGCCCAGCUGGAAGCACUGGACCAAAGGGUAAUAAAGGAGAGAUUGGUGCAUCUGGGCCAACUGGUCCAAAAGGCAAUAUAGGGGCAACAGGAAACACUGGAGCUACUGGUAGCACCGGAGCAACUGGACCCGUUGGUUCUACUGGUCCUGUAGGUUCGACUGGAGCAACAGGGGUUACUGGCGCUAAAGGGAAUAUAGGAGCCACGGGACCAAUUGGUGCCACAGGAGCAACUGGUGCCACUGGCAUCCAAGGUAACACAGGACCAAAGGGAGAAAAAGGUAAUAUAGGUAAUACGGGAGCAACGGGUGACAAGGGUGCUCAGGGUAAUACAGGACCCAAGGGACAGAAGGGGGCCUUAGGUGCUAAAGGGCAAAAAGGUGAAUUUGGACAGAAAGGUAUUAAAGGAGAGUUAGGAGAAAAAGGUUCCGUUGGUGCGACAGGAGUAACUGGGUCCAAAGGAGAAAAAGGAAGCAUUGGGAGUAAAGGUGACAAGGGUUCAAUUGGUUCAACAGGACCAGUUGGGGCCACUGGCUCCCAGGGAAACACUGGACCCACCGGUGCAACGGGUUCCACUGGUCCAACUGGUGUUACUGGUGUGACAGGAGCUAAGGGCACUAAAGGUGAUCAGGGUGUCCAAGGCAAUACUGGCCCUGUCGGAUCAACCGGUGCCACGGGCCCCACGGGCUCAACUGGGGCUACAGGCCAAACUGGACCAAAAGGAAUUCAAGGGCAAACAGGAUCUAAAGGAUCUGUCGGGGAUAAGGGAAGUAAAGGUGAUGUGGGAAAUACUGGUGCUACCGGACCUGUGGGUGCAACUGGAGCUAUGGGAGGCACUGGACCUGUAGGUGCCACUGGUCAGAAAGGUGCAGUUGGUGCCACAGGAAAUACAGGGCCGAAGGGAAACAUUGGAAACACUGGACCGAUAGGUGCAACGGGGCCAACAGGGGCAACAGGAAGCACUGGACCUGUUGGUGCCACUGGUCCUGUAGGUGCCACGGGUGGUAAAGGAAACAAAGGAGAAAGAGGUGCACAAGGUCUGACAGGAGCAACUGGUACAACUGGUCCUGUCGGUGCAACUGGUGUCACUGGUCCACAGGGAAAUAAAGGCGAUAAAGGUGAAAUAGGCAACAGUGGCCCCAUGGGUCCCAAGGGAAAUGUUGGAGCAACUGGAGCCACAGGUUUUAAUGGAAAUACAGGGCCAACAGGGGUGACUGGACCGGUGGGUGCCACUGGAAAUACAGGCCUCCAAGGUUUAACAGGAUCAACGGGUGUAACAGGUCCAAAGGGUCAGAAGGGUGAAACAGGGAAUGUAGGCAGUACUGGUCCAACUGGCCCCGUGGGAUCCACAGGCACUACUGGGCCACAGGGCAACUCUGGUCCAAAGGGCGAGAUAGGUGAAAAGGGGGCUGUUGGCAGUACAGGUCCAGUUGGAAGCACUGGUGCAACAGGGCCAGUAGGUGCAACUGGAGCCACUGGACAACAAGGACCAAAGGGAGAUGUUGGAAACGUAGGUCCCACUGGCCCGAAGGGUGCUGUAGGUGCCACAGGUGAAACUGGACUGAUUGGUAAUACAGGCCCGAUGGGUCCUAAAGGCAAUAACGGCAAUACUGGAGCCACUGGACCUGAAGGUGCCACUGGUCCCCAAGGACCAAAAGGUGAAAAGGGGAUUCAAGGAAUUUCAGGCAUUACCGGUUCUAAAGGAAACCAAGGCGAAAAGGGCGUUAUCGGACCCACUGGGCAAAAAGGGGAACAAGGAAAUACGGGGUCAGUUGGCCCAACUGGUGUAACAGGACCUAUUGGACCUAAGGGGAAUGUAGGGGCAACUGGAUCCACUGGACCUGUUGGUGCGACAGGACCUACUGGUACAAAGGGAGAGAAAGGUGUCAUUGGGUCCACUGGACCAAAAGGAGCCGUUGGCGAUAAAGGAAGCAAAGGUGAUGUUGGACCCAUGGGUGCUACUGGCGCAACAGGGCAGAAAGGAGAGACUGGUGAAAAGGGUGUGCAAGGUAUAUCGGGGAUAACAGGCGCCAAAGGAGAACAGGGCCUACGAGGACCAAAGGGUGAAGUAGGAGAAAAAGGGAGCAAAGGAGAGAUAGGAAACACUGGUUCGACAGGUGCAACAGGUCCUGUUGGAGCAACAGGCCCCGUGGGAAAUACAGGGGCAACUGGUCCAUCGGGACCAACGGGAGGUACAGGACCACAGGGACCAAAGGGUGAACAAGGAAAUAAAGGAGAUCAGGGGAAUUCGGGACCGAUAGGUCCAGUCGGUUCCACUGGAUCUGUUGGCCCGACAGGUGCGACAGGAUCCACAGGUCCAGUUGGAAGUACGGGGCCCAUUGGACCUACUGGAGGCACAGGGUCUAUGGGACCCGCAGGACCUACAGGGGUCAAGGGUGAACAAGGUGUCUCUGGGAUAAAAGGCCUGAAAGGAAAUGUUGGCGCUAAAGGAGAAAUCGGAGAAAAGGGUUCCAAAGGAGAUCUCGGGUCGACGGGCUCUACUGGACCAACAGGUCCUUUUGGUCAAAAGGGUGACCGGGGAGCUACGGGACCAGUUGGAGCUACUGGACCACAAGGCAUCGGUGGACCACCAGGACAAAAAGGAGUCCCUGGCUCAGCUGGCCCAACUGGAGCAACAGGCCAGAAAGGUGAAGUUGGUGGUGUUGGAGCAACAGGAGCAACUGGUCCACAGGGUGCAACUGGAAACAAAGGUUCAAAGGGCGAAGUUGGGGUCAAGGGGGAGGUGGGUGCAACAGGAGUAUCAGGACCCCAAGGUGCAGUGGGCGCAACUGGUUCGACUGGACCUAUGGGUCCAACAGGAGAGAAAGGGGCGCUCGGCCAGAAGGGCGAGCGGGGAUUGGUUGGACCAACUGGACUUAAAGGUAAUGCAGGAGAAAAGGGAGAAAAAGGAGCAUUGGGAUCUAAAGGAGAUACUGGAUUAACUGGUGCUACAGGAUCAAGUGGCCCCACUGGACCUCAAGGGAACAAAGGUGAACCAGGUGCUCAAGGGCCAAAAGGUGAACCUGGUUUUAAUGGUACAAGAGGACUGAAGGGAGAUGUUGGGCCACAAGGGCCACCAGGAGUAACCGAUGUCGACGAGUGUAACUUUAAUAAUGGUAACUGUAGUCAGCUGUGCAUCAAUACAAUUGGGAGUUACUACUGCUGCUGCUACGAUGGGUAUGAACUAGAAAAAGAAAAUCUGGUAGUGCAUAGUCAAUUGGCAGAUAUUUCCCAAUGUCUUGUCACAGGAUCAAGGAAGAAAAGACAGACAGCGGAUUCUACAGACAUCAUCGACGCAGAGGGCAAUGUGUAUAUGCUUAUGUACCUUAACAACAUAGUAAAUGACAGUCCGGACAAUACAGCCACCCAGGAGAUGUUUGUUACCGCCGGCAAACAAGAUGUUAAUCAAACUGUUGUGGUAACAGUAACCUAUUACGAUACCAGCGGGGUGAAGGUAUCUUUCGACUAUACCAUAAACCCCGGUGCCGUUAGAAGAAUUGAUCUCUCAGGAAGAGGGCUGUUGACAACUGGAACAGGAAUGUCCAUGAAUGGCAUAGAACUAAAUAGUUCGAACCCUAUCAUUGUCUACCCUGUUAACAAAAAGUCCUAUUCUACUGAUGGUUAUUUAGCUCUUCCGGUUGAUGGUUUGGGUGUGAGAUAUUACGCUGUGUCCUACCCUCCCUAUGAUGAAGAAUCUGCUUCAGUAUCUUUAAUUGGAGUUGUCUCUCCGUCAGACAAUAAUAUUGUCCUCAUCAAAUUACCCACUCUGGGUGGACCAAUCAGUUUCAAUGGUUUCCAGUACGGAAGUGGCGAAACUAUUAAUAUAACCCUGCAAAAAUUCCAAACAGCACAUAUAGAGAGUGGCUAUGAUCUGACAGGAACUUUUAUUAAUAGCCAGGAACCGGUGUCUGUAUUUAGUGGGAACGGUCGAACAGCAAUUCCUAAAACAAGAGCCUCAAGGGACCAUCUUGUCGAACAAAUUCCACCAGUGCAAUCAUGGGGACGAGAUUUUGCAACAGUUCCAAUCCCGGAUAGAACAGUUGGAGAUUACUUCCGAUUUGUUGCUAGUCUUGAAAGCACAACUAUUUCUGUAACCAGCAGCAACGGGACCAAAUGGACGUACACUAUAGCUAAUGCUGGUGGUUCUAUACAGGAUAUCGUCAAUUUCAAAUCUACUGACCGCUACCGCAUUGUGUCCAACAAGCCAAUUUUGGUAAUGCAGUUCGUUACAAGUCAGUUAACGGCAUCGGACGGCGAAGUGGCUGACCCAGCUAUGGUCCUGAUACCUCCUGUGGAGCAAUACAGCCGAGAUUAUCACUUCUCACUGCCAAGUUCGCAAAGUGCUAUUAUUUUGGGUAACGAGCCCUUCCGACAUUUUGCGCUCAUUGUCAUAGAGGACAUGUAUAAAAAUGAUCUACUGCUGGACGGUGUUGCUGUGACUUCAGUAAAUUGGUUGAGCAUUGCAAAUAACCCUGCUGCAACAGCGAAAAACAAUCUCGUCGGAGGCUAUAUAAAUGUGACUGGUGAGAACAUGCCGCAUGUUAUCAGCAGCAGUAGAAGUGAACCGUUCACUUUCAUGAUGUUACUGUAUGGUGCAGGAGACAGAGAAAGCUACGCUUUUCCAGUGGGGAUGAAAUUAAUCAAAAUAAAUCCGCCUUCUCCUCCAGUCUGCCGUACCAAUGUGGUUGGAGAGUGCUGUUCGUGUGACGUUGGUGGCGGUGUUAUGAUGCCAUACAGUGGAGACUGCUGCAUAGCUGAAAAUGUGGAGUGCUACUCGCCGUGCUGUGGAAUAGUGUAUUGUUAUUGUCAAGUUGGAAGCGUUCGCGUUCCACUGAAUAAAACAAACUGCAUAGAUACCAACGAGUGUGCAAUAGACAACGGAGGCUGUGCUCACACGUGCACAAAUACUCAGGUUGGACUCGGUUUUAACAGACGUGGCUAUAACUGUAGCUGCUUUGAUGGAUAUAGAUUGUCCGACGACAGCCAUGAGUGUUUGGAUAUUAACGAGUGUGAGACGGCGAUAGGAAGUAACAUUUGUGACAAUAACCGUGACUGCGUAAACACAAUUGGCAGCUUUUACUGCGUUCGCGAUGCUAUUCCACCUUCACCAGCCGCAUCCGGUUUAGAAGGAGGGCCACAGGUAAUUCGAAUGGCCCAACAGACAACCAGUACCCAGUUUAAUUCACUUACUAUUUGGACAGCAGUCCUUUCCAUACUGCUCGUGUUGGUAAUAGCAUGGAACUUCCGAAAAUGGCAAACAGACAGGCGAAGAAAGAAAAAGGAAGACGAUAUCAUGGAUUCUGCGUCCAUAGAGACAUUUAGUCCUCGCGAUAUUGAUUUUUCAUUACGUGGCAAAACAAAUGACGCCUACAUAAAGAACGAAGAAGAACAGUCUAAUGAUUGUAAUUAACUCUCUUGCUCACGAGGAAAACUGAUGUCCAUAGCAUUUCUACCCCCUCUUUUGAAGAAGAAUCGUUGAAAUUUUCAGCACAGAAUUGAAAAGUAGUGUGCCAUAGUUGUAGAAUGCUUCCAUAACAUGUAUUCAAUCUCUCUCUCUCAUAUAUAUAUAUAUAUAUAUAUAUAUAUAUAUAUAUAUAUAUAUAUAUAUAUAUAUGAGCGCGGAUACAUUUAGGUGGUCGAGACGGCACAUUUAUUAAUUGUCACAAUUAAUUGGUUUAAACUGAUUUGAAAACUUUUAAAAUAUGAGUUGGAGUACAGUGUAGAAGUCAAAUAGUAUAUUUGUAAAGCGCCAUAUUUAACAUAUUGUACAGUGCUUUCUUUAUUAUUAUUUUUUUUUUUAAGUCACUUGGCCUUCUUUUUUCCCCACUCAUUUACGAAAAAGAAUAAGCAAUCCACUACAGUGCCCUAUGUCAGAAAUGCCUGUCCUUAAAUAUGUUGUUGCAUAAUAUUUGGACUCCUUAAGAUUUCUUUAAUCUAGUUUUUUCUUUUUAAUUCAAACGAGGCAAACCCGCAUUCAAGUUGAUUAAGUAAGAUUGUGAAUGAGCAUUCAUGUGGAAUAAGCUAUGAUUACUUAGUUAAAGUCUUGACAAGAACAGGUGGUCACUGUACUGUUUAAAAGAUCAAAUAUUUGCAAACCGGGAUUACGCAACUUAGACACACUUAAUUGUGCAACUAUUUGAACAAACCUUCUGUUUAUUAUUUUGUCACGAACCUCCUUCAUGUGUCCGAUGUUUAUUCAUGUAAUUUUCGCUGCUUCUUAGAAUUGUGCGAAAUUAAAUUAGUAGUUGAGUUUGACUUUUGAUAAUUAAUUAAUAUGUUGUUUUGCGAGGAUGGAAAAUUCAAACCAUGUUUACUGCGCGUAGAAUUAAACAAGGAAUAGUCUAUGAAAUAGUUGCUGUAAACUGUGUUUUCAACUAAACCUUGUGUAAAAGGAUGUCACAAUUGUAAUCUUGCCUGAAAUACAGAAUGUAUGUAAACUGUUUGAAACUUACAUUUGUAGAUGUAAAACUAUUCAAGCGACCUUUUUAUAAUAAAUUCUUGGAAAUUUAA